CGGUCUGGCUCAAACAUCGCGAGAUUUGCCUGCGCGAACAGCAACCCCCGCCCCCCACAACUGUGUGCGGUUGCGCGUGCGCCUGACUUUUUUUUUUUCUUUUAAGCGCGAAAACAUUUUGAAACUUUAUGUUAAAUAACAGUCAAGCUAGUUAGGCUUGAGAGGUCGAGAAAGGUCGGAGGAUAAUCCACGUUGACGCGAUGGAUUCAAGCACACAACACUAGAUUCUUCGAGAUUUUGCAGUAACUACUCCACAUGCUUGUACGGUCGUCCCUCUUUUCCUUACUGUGUGUCUGCCGUGAAUUCUCUGAGAAUUCAGCGAAUCGAGUAGUAAAGGAGUGGACAUGGGAGGGCCGUUCAGGCUUUAAAACCAGAGUGAUGGGCUUUCUGUAUUUGGAAAGAUAACCCUGGGAGCGAAUACAUUUUUUAAGGACCGUGAAAACUUUUUUUUUUUUCCUGGAGACCAAGAGGGAUUGUGAAGUAAGGAUACGUGGGACACCUGCGCGAGCAUUCAGUUUCUUCCUGAAGUGUCUGAAAGGUACUACCCACACCUGAAGUGUCCUCGCCCUGUGGGUCCCUUCAGCCACACCUCAGGCAGGAUGCAGUGUGGAUUUCAUGGAGUGGAGUGGUGAAACUGAGCUAUCAAGACACCAGCUUGUUACAAAAGUACAUACUUUCUGCUUUUAGCCUCCCAGAGUCAUUUGGAAGCAGGCUGUGAGCCAAGGGGAAGGCAGAGGACAGAUAUGACUGUGUUUCCAAGCUUCUGUGGUGGUUUAUGGCAUCCUCCAAACUCCUCUGCAAGGGCUGAUCCUGACCAAGACGACCCAAGGAGACCGUCUCUGAAAUCAAGUCCAGAUGAAGGACAUUGCACCAAGAUCCCAUCCCACUGGACUACAGGACUCCUCCCUAGAGAACCAUGGGAUCUUCAGAGUCAGAAUGGAUUGAGCCAGGUUGCCAUUUCCAUACCGUGGUGAUUAGGACCUGAGUACAAGAGAUUGUCUUGGAGCAUCUUUAAAGAACUAAGAGGGGAAAAAUGAAUAUGGUUUUUGCUCACAGAAUGGAUAACAGCAAGCCACCUUUGGUUGCUCCUACACUGCCGGUGCCUGUUCACAACCACAGCUGCGCAGAGACGACCACCCCUCUGCCGAGCCGAGACCUGACAGAGCACAGCUGGAGGAGCAACAGAACAGAUCCACAGUACGGACCGAGCCCUGGAGAAGUGGCCACCGCCAGCAUCUCCUUUGGGGCCCUGUGGUUGUUUUCUAUCUUUGGCAAUUCCCUGGUGUGUCUGGUCAUCCACCGCAGCAGGAGGACUCAGUCCACCACCAAUUACUUUGUGGUGUCCCUGGCAUGCGCUGACCUUCUGGUCAGCGUGGCCAGCACGCCUUUUGUCCUGCUGCAGUUCUCCACCGGCCGCUGGACCCUGGGCAGCGCCAUGUGCAGGGCGGUGCGUUACUUUCAGUAUCUCACCCCAGGUGUCCAGAUCUAUGUGCUCCUGUCCAUCUGCAUAGACCGGUUCUACACCAUCGUCUACCCACUGAGCUUCAAGGUGUCCAGAGAGAAAGCCAAGAAGAUGAUCGCAGCAUCCUGGAUCUUCGAGGCGACCUUUGUGACCCCUGUGUUGUUCUUCUAUGGCUCCAGCUGGGACAACCACUGCAACUAUUUCCUUCCCUCCUCCUGGGAAGGAACCGCCUACACUGUCAUCCAUUUCUUGGUGAGCUUUGUGAUCCCGUGCAUCCUCAUAAUCUUCUUUUACCAGAAGGUCAUAAAAUACAUUUGGAGAAUCGGCACUGAUGGCCGGACAGUGAGGCGGACCAUGAACAUUGUCCCAAGGACAAAAGUGAAAACAAUCAAGAUGUUCCUUAUUUUAAAUCUGCUGUUUUUGCUCUCCUGGCUGCCUUUUCAUGUCGCUCAGCUGUGGCACCCCCACGAACGAGACUAUAAGAAAAGUUCCCUUGUGUUCACUGCUAUCACGUGGAUAUCCUUUAGUUCCUCAGCCUCUAAACCUACUCUGUAUUCCAUUUAUAAUGCCAAUUUUAGGAGAGGCAUGAAAGAGACUUUCUGCAUGUCCUCGAUGAAGUGUUACCGAAGCAAUGCCUAUACUAUCACAACCAGUUCAAGGAUGGCCAAAAAAAACUAUGUCGGCAUCUCAGAAAUCCCUUCAUCGGCCAGAACUAUAACCAAAGACUCGAUCUAUGAUUCGUUUGACAGGGAAGCCAAGGGAAAAAAGCUUGCUUGGCCCAUUAAUUCAAAUCCACCAAAUACUUUUGUCUGAUUUCUCAGAAUUCUUUCAAUUAUUAUUAUGCAGCAGAGGUUAAAAAUUUAACUAUAAAAACAAGCUAUUUAUGUAUUUUUUCAAUCAAUUUUCUGAGGGAAAUGUUUUAUUUAUGUAGAAUGCAUUCACUAUUGAUUUUAGUUUUUGUCUUUUUUAAUUUAGUUGCUUUUUGUUUUAGAGGAAGCUUUUCACCUUGAGCUUAUUUAUGGUCAACGGUCCCUUUACUAUAUUAGUUACAUGCAUUAAAAAAAAAAAAAGAAUGCUUUCUGACUUUUUAUUUACUAUUAGGUCCAAAAAGCAUAAACAGUCUUUGAUUGAUGAUUUAACCUGAUUUUAUUCUGUUUCCUUUUUCUCCUCCCUACUGAAUUUUUGUUAACCAUAGGCUUCUGUUCCAAAUCAAAUCUCCUGUGUGACACAUCUCAGAGACUUGUAUUUCUUCUGCUGAGCAACAUUUAGGAAGUGUUAUUUUAUAUGUUUUUACAUUACCUUCUGUCCAGAUCUGUUAAUGGAGAGCACUCCAUAUGUUAGAAUAUACUAGAACUUGCCCAGGUAGCCGUCUGUGAUUGAAUUUUAAUGAAGAUGCUUAGGGAAAGAAAGCUUAUUGGUUGGCCUAUUUCUGUCUCUCAUUCUCAUUCGCUCUUGAAACCAGCUGAUGAUGCCUUGAAGCGUUUGAAGUCGCCGUGCUGUUUUCCUCACACCCAGGCCCAUCUCAGCUGUGUCCAGGAUGCCUACCUCCCUUCUGAAUCAAAUGCAAGCAAUGUGCAGGAAACCUGGCUGGGCAAGCCCAGAAACUGCCAACAGGGGUCAUGCAGAUGCCAUUUCUCUGCGCUCUGCCAUUCAGGCAGACACCUUCGGCUUCCUGGCGCGGCCCCCAAACUCUGGGACAGCAAGGGCAAGGAGCAGUUUUUUCUCUCUCCUGAACAUGUAGACAUGAGGCCGCUUCUCCAGCCAGUACUUCCUGUCCCUCAUCUCUCUCUCAGGACACGUGAUCAUACCCUCGCCAAGCUCACACUCUUCUGUGGCCGAGGUAACUUGAGAUUUUCUUCUUUGGUUGUCGGGUCUCCAUUAUUUCAAAUCCAGGACGAGCACAUUUUAAAAAUGUUUUGUUUAAACAAUAACAGGUUUACAAACAAGAUUGGUGUGCAUUUUCACACCCUAGUUAACAAGAAUUGCAAAUAAUAAUAUCAAAUAAUAUCAGUAGUUCAGCAACUUUACCUGCAUUGUCUCAUGUUAUCCUCUUAAAAAAGUCUGUGAUGUUCUUAUGAUCAUCUCUGUUUUCUAGAUGAGGAAAUCGGACCUCAGCAUUAUGGGACUUGCUUAAGUCAGAGUGUGACUGAACUGGUUUUCACACUCAAUCCCCUAGCUGCAGGUCUGUGGCUCUUUCCUUGACAUGACAGAUGUCUCUCUAGGGAACACUUGAGCAGUCAAGCCCAUCCAGACCUCUGUGGGCCUAACAGCUGCUGCCUGGGUGGAAAUCUGAGGUCUAGGAGAGCAUGAUGUUCUUAACAGGAGAGCCUAGAAAUUUGGUGAGCUGGCCCCCACCUUUUCCUUGGCUUUGGCUGGGUUCCUGGGCUUGUGGUGCUGAACAUCUGAGAUUGGAAACAAACUGGUAUAUCCUGUCUCGUAGACACAGGGAAACAAGAUAUGAUUGGGCUUGGUUUUGGGGGGCAAAGAAUGAGAACAAUAAAAUAUUCUAUCCACAAAA